CUGGCUUUUCUGUAAAUCUGCCCUUGUGGUUGCCAGGCUGUCAAACGGUGGCUGGAGCUCAGCUUGCAGGUGGUCACUGCAGGUGGAUUGGUGCCUCUUCAAGAGCCAUUGAUGUGUGCUGAGAAGUGCCCUUGCUAUAAGGACCUGUGGAGAAAUGCAAGUGCAGUGUCCCUGCUAUGCUGGCUGAGGGGGAGAGCAUGGCCGGGCCAUCGCUGUGUGCUGCCAGUACAGCAGCGGCGCCUCAGAAUCUUCACAAAGUGUCUGGCUUUGUAGAAAAUAAAACCACACAGUGCUCGUUUUCAAUCGAAAGCAUUUUGGGACUGGAGCAGAAAAAAGAUGCCAUUCCAGCUGUGAAACCUCACAGACCCUGGGUGGAUGCGUGCACCAGCUUGGUUUUAGGUGAUGACAGUAAUCCCCACCUGCAAAUCCCUGUUGUUUGCUAUGAAAAUCCAUUAUUUCAUGCUAACGGUGACCCAGUGCAAGAGGAAAAAGUUUUGAAAUGUGAAAAAUAUCUUUCAGUCACUGAAAGGCUGUCUUUCAAACGGGAAUUGAGCUGGUACAGGGGUAGAAGACCAAGAACUGCAUUCACUAGAAACCAGAUUGAAGUCUUGGAAAAUGUUUUUAAAAUGAACUCCUACCCCGGCAUUGAUAUUAGAGAAGAGCUAGCUCGCAAAUUAGACUUAGAUGAAGACAGGAUCCAGAUCUGGUUCCAGAACCGUCGUGCAAAGCUGAAAAGAUCACACAGAGAAUCUCAGUUUCUAAUGGUGAAAAAUACUUUCACCUCCAGCCUGCUAGAGUAGAAAGAAGGAUGGUUUGGUGUUACAGUACUACAACAGAGCACGGAGAAUUAUUAAUAGCUUGUAUUAAGUAAUGAUAUAGUAAUUAUGAUUUUAUGCCCAGAUUUGAAAGUUUAUUAUAAUUUCCAUUCAAAUAAACUGUAAAUACUUGAAGUAUUAUUACAAUCUACUUUUUGUGGGAAAAGUGAACUUUUCCUAUAUCUUUGAAUAAGUAUUUUCAGAGAAGUUGAGAUAUUUUUGCAGCUUAAAAAAAUACAAACCCUAGGUUGCACA